UGCACCGUUGCUCUUUUAAGGUCUCCCUCUAUCGCCGGCUGGUGUUGCCUGUUUAAGGCCUCGACGGUUCAUGCGGCUCCUGCCCGGGGGUGGGAAAGCGGCCGUGAGCUUGUGCUGCUGCUGCUGCCGCCGCCGCGAUCCCCAGCGCAGAGGGGCUGAAGGCCGCGCAGAGGCGAGGCGAUGGCGGAGAAACGCGUGUCCCGCUGGUACUUCGGAGGCCUGGCCUCGUGCGCGGCGGCCUGCUGCACCCACCCGCUGGACCUGAUCAAGGUCCAUCUGCAAACCCAGCAGGAAGUGAAGCUGCGCAUGACAGGGAUGGCGCUACAUGUGAUUCGCUGUGAUGGCUUUCUAGCACUCUACAAUGGGCUUAGUGCCUCACUCUGCCGACAGAUGACGUACUCCCUCACCCGCUUUGCCAUCUAUGAGACUGUGAGGGACCACUUGACCCAGGGUGCCCAAGGCCCAAUGCCCUUCUACCAGAAGGUGUUGCUAGGUGCAGUAGGAGGUUUCGCUGGUGGGUUCGUGGGGACCCCAGCUGACAUGGUAAAUGUCAGGAUGCAGAAUGAUGUGAAGCUCCCUCUACAUCAGAGGCGCAAUUACUCACAUGCUCUGGAUGGGUUAUAUCGCGUGUUUCGUGAAGAGGGAGUGAAGAAAUUGUUCUCUGGAGCAACAAUGGCAUCCAGUCGAGGAGCCCUGGUUACUGUUGGACAGCUCGCCUGCUACGAUCAAGCCAAGCAGUUGGUUCUUGGGACCGGUUUGCUCUCUGACAAUAUUUUCACCCACUUUCUGGCCAGCUUUAUUGCUGGUGGGUGUGCCACAUUCCUGUGUCAGCCAUUGGAUGUACUAAAGACACGGCUUAUGAAUUCCCAGGGGGAGUAUCAGGGUGUUAUGCACUGUGCAGUCGAGACUGCCAGGCUUGGACCAUUGGCUUUUUAUAAGGGCCUUGUUCCUGCUGGCAUCCGUUUGGUCCCACACACUGUGCUCACCUUCAUCUUUUUGGAGCAGCUGAGAAAAUACUUUGGGAUUGUAGUGUUGACCUAAGGAAGGCCCAUCUAGCUGGAGACAUGAAAGGAAGGAAAUGGGCCUGAAAAUUGGGACCCUGCCAUGCUCAGGCACCAUACACAAGCUCUUGUCAAAAUGCAGCAAUCUUAACAGUGCCCUUCUUAGUGCCAUAGCCAAUAGCUGUCCUUUCCUAGAAUGACCCCUUCUUAGUGCCUGACAGUCAUGUUGGCUAAUCAUGAGCCAGCCCUUUAGUAUUGUUUGGUGCUUAAUGGUAUAAGCCAGCCAGCCAACUGUAGAAUUUCCUCAUCCAGCACCCAGCGUCAGUCCUCAAAUACCUUUCUUCCAUGCCCACCAAUCCAUUGAUGACUCUGUCUACUGCCCGCCAGUGCUACAAUGCUGCCUUUAGUGCUAUACCCUUGCUGAUCCCUCAGUAUUCUUAUUUAAUGCCCAACAAUUUCACAGUGCUUGUUUAGCGCCCAGCAUUCUCUCAACUGCAUCUGCUUCACUUCCAACCAACAUGCUUGUCAGCUGUGCCCUGCAGUGCCGUAGUACUCCUUUCCAGUGUCGUGGAAAGUAAACCACUAUUCGCACAAUGUCAUCUUCUUUUGUGACCCUAUUCUGAUUUGUUCCCAUCCUGCUAUUGCACCAGUAGCUUUCUUCCCAGUCAUCCCAUCACGGUGGGCCUGAAUAAAUUAUAAAAUAAUACGUAGAGUCUUAAGAUGGUCAUAUCUGUGGCCCUUUUAAAUGUUUACAGCAGUGAACAGCUAGCUCCUCGUGAAAGAUUUUUUGCUGGCUGCUAGGACCUCAUAAUAGCAACAUGCAAAACUGAGCAAAGGACUCUCCCCCCCCUCUUCUUGCCCUUCAGGAUCCUAGUUUAAGUGUUUUUUGAAAGACAUCAUUUCUCUCACUGCUUCCGACUUGCUCCCUUGUUCCUACCUCAGUCUUCCUUUACCUUCAGGGCUACAGUCUAAGGAGCAGGUGGCUCCUUGUACUUAUCACCCGUGUCUGGAAGAAAUCUGCAAGCCACACACACAGACCAGCCCCCAAAGAAGCUUAGCAUCCCUUGCCUUUAUUUUGUCUCUCGCUUCAGCAUUCAAGCCCUCCUCAGCCAAAGCCUCCUGAAACCAAAGGGCCCUGUUGGCAUCUCGAACCAAUGACAGAGGGGAGCAGGUUUGUGAAGUACUGGUGAAAAUAAAGUGUAAUUUUAGCUGGCCUGCAGGGAGUGGGGACAACCUCUCACCUUGUUCCUGUAUGCUAAGUAGAUAACUGGCCUGCUCCAAGCUGAGGGAAGGAGUGGGGAAAGGGGAGAGUAUAGUGGCCAAAGUCUCAUGGGACAGUGUUUGUCCAAAUACCUACAGUUUUUCAUUAUCAUACUUGGCCUCUCCUUGGGACAAUGUCGUCUGUAUUGUGGUCUAGAGGAUGGGCCUUAACUGCAAGGUGGGAGCUCUCUAUUUACUAUAGUUACUUUAGGACAAGUAUCAGAGUAAAACCCCUAAUUACCUCCAGGCCUCUUCCUUUCCAUGCUGCCUGUCCCAGCUCUGCUGUAUCAGAGCCUUUUCUGGUAGCGCAGAAGGAAGCCUUUUCCGAUAGCACUGAAGGAAGCCUAGAAGGCUAUGGAGUUUCUCCAGGUUGCCUUUGUUGUAGCAUUGAUUUUUUUAAAAAAUGGCUCUGGUUCUGACCCACCCCAGGCGUUGUUUAAUUAAAUACGUUUUGUCUGUUUUGUUGUAUUCCUUCUCACUACUGGUUCUUAAAACCCAUUUAUCCACCCACCAGCAAGUGGAUGGACCUUCCGCGAUAUGUGACUUGUCAUUCCAGUGGGUGGGAACCCAUUAGCGUGGAGAACCAGAACGAGCGAUCAGCACUUUUGUAAUUAUGUUAAUAAAGUGAUUGUACAAAGCA